GGUAGGGUCCUAUACAAAUGUACCCGCGGUUCUAGCACCGGGUUCUGCAAAAUUUGAGAUGUGUUGAGGGCGAAGUGCCGUCUCCGACCCCGCCGGAUACGACAGCAAUCACGGAGAUCGCCGACUAGUUCGGCAUGUCCGUGCUGUCCCCCACUAAAAAUUCGGGUUGCGCUGAGCGUGGAGUCCGGAUCCGAACCCACCAGCGAUGACUGUAUUGACGGAUAUCACCGACUGGUUACACAGUUUGCCCGUCUUCACACGCUGCUGGUUCGGGUUGUCCGUGCUGUUCCCCAUUCUCAGCCGCUUCGGGCUGGUGGACCCUCAGUAUUUAGUACUCAGUUACGUCGACUUCCUCAAAGGCCUUCAGAUAUGGCGGCCAGUCACAGCCAUGUUCGUCUACCCAAUGAAUUUCCACUACCUGGAGAAUCUUUACAUCCUGUGCACAUACUCCACACGCCUGGAAACAGGUCACUUUGAUGGGAACCCGGCGCAUUACCUCUUCAUGCUACUUUUCAACUGGAUCUGCAUAGUUAUUGUCGCCCUCCUAUCAGACCUGCUUCUCCUCAUGGACCCCAUGGUGCUGAGUGUCCUUUACGUCUGGUGUCAGCUCCACGAGAACGUCAUCGUCAACUUCUGGUUUGGCACUCAAUUCAGGGCCAUCUACAUUCCUUGGGUCUUGUUUGUGCUUAACUUGAUGAUCAGUGGCGGGGGCCUGUAUGAGCUCAUCGGCAUCCUGGUGGGACACCUCUCAUAUCUCCUGUUCACGUAACUGCAACUCUCGGUGCUACAGAUGUCGCGCCAUGCGCAUGUGAAGGGAUUGUUUACGUGAUUGAAAAGAUGGCGGCUUCAGCUAUUUCACCCUGCUAAAGCGAAAGGUAGUCUUUUCGAAACAAGGAAUACAAAAAAAUUGAAACACUGAAUAACUUUUUGAGAUAAACAUAUUGGGCUUGUUAACCAGCAUAACAUUGUUGGAUAAUCUUUCUUGUUGAAGUGGGUAUGCUUAUUGUAAUAAUAUUCGGAGUAAGUUUUCUGCCCUGCAUGAGGUGCUGGCGCGCUCUUGAGCUCUCAUGCCGGUAAUAACCAAGCCGCCAAUUUAUCACGCACUGUUUACCUCGCAAUUUAACUAUUGUAGUUUAGUUCGGCAGACCACAUGACAAACAUGAAUA